GCCAAGUCCCCAAGCACGUGGGGUGGAAUAGCCCUGGGCAGGCUGUGGGAAUGAGGGAGUUAACGGUGGUGGCUUGCUCCUCUCUGGGAGGAAAACUCCCCAUAAACGCCCUGCUCCCUGGCCUUCUGCCAGGGCCAAGAACAGGGGCUGAAAACUGGAAGUUCAGGCAUGCGGCCAGCUCUGCCUCUAGCAGGCGCUUGAGCAGGACAGCAGCCCCGUCGCCGCUGGCGGCUGGUCUGUAUGCCCAUCAGUCCGUCGGGGGGCCUCCAAUCAUCUGUAAGCCUGUCUGUCUGUCUGUCUACAAUCCUGUCUCUGUCCAGUGUCUCUCUGACUGUCCUUCUCUUCCUAGCCUAUGUUCAGCUGUCUAGCCUGUCAAUCCACUGUCUGUCUCUGGUCUCCAUCUGUUCAUCUGUCCCAUCACCAGCGAAUCUGUCCAUUCAUCUACCCACCUGUGUGUCCAUCCACCUGCCUUCUCUCUCCACUCCGGGCCUCAGAGCCAUGGCCCAAGGCCGCAGGGUCACGGCCAGCAUGGUCCUGCUGGGGUUGGGGCUGGCCCUGGCCAUUAUUGUGCCUGCCGUGCUCCUCUCUCGCCGCCACACCGGCUGUGGCCCCCAGGCCUUUAGCCGCGCUGCGGUCGCUGCUGACUCCAAGGUCUGCUCAGACAUUGGACGAGCCAUUCUCCAGCAGCAGGGCUCACCUGUGGAUGCCACCAUCGCAGCUCUGGUCUGCACCGGAGUCGUCAACCCUCAGAGCAUGGGCCUGGGCGGAGGGGUCAUCUUCACUAUCUACAAUGCAACCACGGGAAAGGUGGAAGUCAUCAAUGCCAGGGAGACAGUGCCCGCCAACUACGUCCCGGGUCUGCUGGACCAGUGUGAGCAGGCCCAGCCACUGGGUACAGGGGCCCAGUGGAUCGGAGUGCCGGGGGAGCUCCGUGGCUAUGCUGAGGCCCACCGCCGCCACGGCCGCCUGCCCUGGGCACAGCUCUUCAGGCCCACCAUCUCCCUGCUCCAAGGGGACUACCGCAUGCCCUUCAUCCUCAGUCAGUUCCUGCAGAGCGACUUCCUGCGGCCUUCCUUAUACAAGACAUCCCUGAGGCAGCUCUUUUUCAACGGCACAGAACCCCUGAGGGCUCAGGACCCAUUCCCCUGGCCCGCACUGGCUGCCACCCUGGAAACCGUGGCCACGGAGGGUGCAGAGGCCUUCUACACAGGGACACUGGGCCAGACGCUGCUGGAGGACAUUGCAAAUCAAGGCAGCAGGCUGACCCUGCAGGACCUGGCAUCGUUCCAGCCAGAGGUAGUGGAUGCCCUGGAGAUGCCCCUGGGGGACUACACCCUGUACUCACCACCACCGCCUGCAGGGGGUGCGAUUCUCAGCCUUGUCCUCAACGUGCUCAAAGGGUUCAACUUCUCCUCGGAAUCGGUGGCCAGGUCCGAGGGGAGGGUGAACUUGUACCAUCACCUCGUGGAGACGCUCAAGUUUGCUGGGGGACAGAGGUGGCGGCUGUGGGACCCCCGCAGCCACUUGGAUAUGCAGAACGUUUCCCAGGACCUGCUGGGAGAAACUUUGGCCCAGCAGAUCCGCCAGCAGAUCGAUGCUCGGGGAGACCACCAGCUCAGCCACUACAGCCUGGCUGGGACCUGGGGCCGCCAGAUGGGCACGUCGCAUGUGUCUGUGCUCGGGGAGGACGGCAGUGCUGUGGCAGCCACCAGCACCAUCAACAUGCCCUUUGGAGCAAUGCUGUACUCACCACGAACGGGCAUCCUCCUCAAUAACGAGCUUCUGGACCUAUGCAGGAGGCGUCCCCUGGGCUCCCAAGUCAUCCCCCAACCUGUUCCAGGCGAGCGGCCUCCAUCGUCCAUGGUUCCCUCCAUCUUGGUCAACACAGCCCGGGGGUCAAAGCUGGUGAUUGGUGGGGCCGGUGGGGAGCUCAUCAUCUCUGCUGUGGCCCAGGCCAUCAUAAACAAGCUGUGGCUUGACUUUGACCUAAGAACUGCCAUUGCAGCCCCUAUCCUGCACGUCAACAGCAAGGGCCAUGUGGAAUAUGAGCCCACCUUCAGCCAGGAGGUGCAGAAGGGGCUCCAGGCCAGGGGCCACAACCACACCAGGAAUCCCUUUUUCCUGAAUGUGGUCCAGGCAGUGUCCCAGGACGGGGCCUGUGUGUAUGCUGCAGCGGACCCGAGGAAAGGUGGGGAGGCCUCAGGCUACUGAGGAGACUGCUCCUGAGAGCUGCAAUCCGGCCCCACCACCAGUGUGUGCCCAGGCCCGGCCUUGGCCUUGGGACCAGGAUCUGGACCCUUUGGCGGAGGGUCAGUCUGGGGCUGCAAGAGGUGGGGACAGCCUGGAAGAUGGAUGACUGUGGGGGCUGAGCCUUCUCCCAGAGCCCCUUGUGGCCCUGCCCCUGACCACCCCUGACCCCACUAAGUCUUCCCUAGGCCUCUCACCCAGGACUGUGGCCUACCCUUGCCCCAGGUCACACUCCCCACCUGUAUGCUGUCUAGUCCAACAUUAAAGAGGAGGGUGGACCUCA